CAAUAAUACCCAUCUGAACAUCAUUUCACCUGCACUUAGAAUUGAAGCAGGCAAGUGGAAAUCGCAUGAGCAGCAGAGGGGCCAUCAUACAUCAGCAUUGUUGUAAGCAGUGCUAUUUGCAAUGGAAUUAACAUGAAUUCAUGGGUCCAGAGGACAGCGUGGCCGCAGCAGCUGCCAGAGGGUGUCCUCAUUCCACUGUGGGAUGAUGCCACGGAGAUGGAGCCUUCGCCUCCUCUGCCUUCUCUUGUCCUACCGAUGGAGCUGGACCCACCCACACCACAGCAGUUUCCACCUUCUACAUCUUGUUCAUGGCAGCAGGAGGUGGACGUGUACCCUUCUGGUCAUUUUCUGGGGGACGUUUCCACCAGAGCACAGGUCAGAUGGUGGAGUACGGCCAGAAGCUUGAGGUCCCCUGCAGCUACAGCUUCCGGCCCAGCAAAGCGCCCACACUCCUGCCUCCCUUCAAGGUUGCACUCCCUACAUGACAAUGGUCCACCACUUAGUGGGGGAGGAAUGUUCUGGUGUAACCACAAGUGACAGAACAAAGAUGAAGAAUGCAAGAGAAGAGAAGGUGGUGAAGCGACGUCGGCCAAUAGUCCACUUACCAGGACGUCACCACGAUAGAAGUGGCAUCUAGCUGAAGUGAAUAUAAGCACCACUCCUACCAGCCUUCACUGAACAUUAGUGGACAGUAUUCACAGAGUAUUAGCAUGGCCUAGCAGAGAGUGCUACAAUAGCAGUUAUUAGUGAUCCACAAACUGUGCGUCAAACUUGCAUGAAUGCUGAAUAUAGCAAAGGACUUGGAUUUAUGCUGCAUGUCACCCAUUUCUUGUAACACCAUCGUUAUUUCAGAGUGAAGUAUUGUCAAUCUGCUUUAUUGAAAUAAAACUACUAAUGUUAUUUGCUUGAAUUGUUGUAUAGCAUUCUGAGAAUGCAGCAUCCCUU